UGUCAUUUUGUUGCUAAAUCUUAAUGCUACCAUUGAAUCACAAACGCAUUCCAUUAGUCAUAAGCAGGAACAGUUGAAAAAUUCAUCACAAAUACUAGAAAAACAUUCAGAAGUACACAUUCUACCAGAAAGAUAUCCAAUCAGAUAUUGUAUAAAGUUCCCAUGUGGCUGGUCCCCAAGGAAUAGGUUAAUGAAAGGAGUCAAUCUCUGACACCAACUAGAAACAAUAAACAAAAUAAUGUAUUAGAACAAUGCAAGUCAAAUAUAACAACUGUCACAGAUCCAAAAGAAGAGCUUCUAGAUGGUGAUAUAAUACUCCUUUGAGAUUAGUGAAAAGGCUUUAAUGAGUAUGUUUUUAGAUUAAAAUGAGACUUCAUAAGCAGUUUUCCUUUAAAAAUAACUUUGUUAGAGCAAAACAGAAGGAGCAAAACAGCAGUAGACUCAAAGACAUCAGGAAUGGACUAGUGGUUACCAAGGGGGAAAGAUGGGGUGGGGGAAGGGGAUAAAGGGGCACAGUAAUUCACAAUCACAAUAUAAGUUAGUCAUGGGGAUGGCAGUACAGCAGAGAGAAUAUAGUCAAUGAUUCUGUAACAUCUUAAAAAGUUAAGAGACAGUAACCACAUUAGAGGGGUGAGGAUUUAAUAAUACGGGUAACUGUCGAAUCACACUAUGUUGUAUAUUUGAAACCAACAUAAGAUUGUAUAUCAAUGACACUUUAAUUAAAUUAAUAACUGUUACAAUUUUGACAAAAGCUUAAUGGCACAUUAAAUUCUAGUAUGUAUCCAAAAUAACAACAGUAAGAAUGAAUACCUUAUAGGUGAAGGGACUAGUGGUUACCAAAGGGAAAGGGUUGGAGAGGGUGGCUGGGGAGGGAGGGAGAGGAGAUUAAGGGGCACUAUAAUUAGCAGCCACAAUAUAGGGGAAGGCAGUAUAGCACUGAGAGGACAAGUAAUGACUCUAUAGCAUCUUACUAUGCCUAAGGAUAGUGAUUGCAAUGGGGUGGUUUGGGGGCAGGAGGGACUUGAUAAUAUGGGUGAAUGCUGAAACCAUCACGGGUGAAUGUUGCUCAUGUGAAACCUUUGUAAGAUUGUAUAUUGAUGAUACCUUAAUUUAAAAAAAAAUACCUUAUAGAUGUGCUUUCAUAUCAUUUCAAUUAUGAAAUACUACCUUCAUGGCCCAUUUAUCCAAGAUGCUCAGGACACUCACAACAAUAGUAACAUUUACUCAACAUUUAAUAUUUGGCAAGCACCAUGCUAAAUGAUUUUCCCAUUUAGUCCCUCCCAAACACCCUAUUUAGGAGGUAUUACUGUCCUCUUUUACACAUAAGAAAACUGCAGGUGGUUAAGUGCCAGAGUAUAGAUUCAAAUUCAGUUAUAAACCUUGUGAUACUACCUUGUAAUGAUUCUUGUAAAAGAAUAAUUAACUCUACAGCAUCAUACUACUCUGAAGGAUAGUGAUUGCAAUGGGGGGGGGGACUUGAUAAUAUGGGUGAAUAUUGUAAUCACAAUGUUGCUCGUGUGAAACCUUCAUAAGAUUCUAUGUCAAUGAUACCUUAAUUAAAAGAAAAUCAUUAACUAGCAUUUAACACAGAUUUUUCCAUCAGAAACUGGCUUUGUCAGAGUAAAGAAAUUCAUACAUGCACAUUUAAUGUUCUGUUUAACUCUAGUAAAAUACUGAAUUUACCCCAUGCUACUAUAAAAAGAAUUAACUGGGCAAACUAUGAAAAACAAAUGACAGUAUGUUAAGGAUAAACACUACACAAUGGGUCAACCAUGUACCACAGAGUUCUGUUUACCAUGGGUCCUCCAGCAUUUUACUCAAUGCUAAGCUUACUAAACACUCAAUAAAUACUAGUUGAAUAAAUGAAUAAAGGUAAUAACAAUAUUUCCAUGUACCCCUUUUACAGCCCGUGAAACAGAUAUGUUGAUUUAUCUAUAAUUUCAGAAAGUCUGCAGACCAAGGUUUUACCCACUCUGCUGUUGUUAUAAUAACCAUUCCAUAAUUUUGAUUCUGCUAUGCUUGGACCAUAAAUCUAAAUACACCAUAAAUAAAAACACUCGAUCUCCAAAAUUCUAGCUGGAGAUUCUCUUAGCCAUUUAAAUUUCAGACUGUUUUUUAAUGUAGGUAGUAUGCCUACCAAAUCUAACCUUCUCCCAACUAGUAGAGCUGAAAACUUUAUUUCUUUUCCCUCAGAAUUUCUCCUAAAUCAAGCCACCAGAUAGAAAUAAUCACUUUCAGAGGGCAAGAUUUAUAUAAAACACAAGUAUUGAAAGAAAAGAACAUUUAUGAGAUUUUUUAUGCACACUUCCUGGAGGAAAUAGAAGCUGAUAAACCUGGACUGUUUGUUUCCUAGGUUACUAUCGCUCCCGACAUUAUCUUCUAACCCUGGUACUGAAAUAUUCACUGAAGCAUCUGAAAUUUUAUGAACACUAAGGAAUCACUAAUUUGUUACUAACAAAUUCUUAUACAGGAAUUUAACUUAAGGACAAAAAAAAUAAGGCAAGCAAAGGGGGAACAGCUGAUACCCCAGACAGACCUAUUCAAGUUUAUGAAUGAUUUACUCUUAAGGGUGGCAGGACUUAAUGCAAAUGAACGUAGAGGAAACUGUCAGCUGCAUUGUGGUUCAACCAAUAGACGCACAGCUCCAUCUUGGCUGUUCACUAGACUGCAUUACAAACAGACGAUACCACCGCUUCAACAGCAUCCUUCCAGACAAGAGAAAUAGUAUUUCCUGAUUCAGGUCACCUGUUCUCGAAGUUUAAAGGAGUAAAAACAGGAGGCAGAAAUACACUGAACCAACACGAUUCAGAAGAGCAAUACAAGAAGUGGAAUCUCUAAGAAUGGCCUCCCUGAGCUCCAGCCUCUGGAAUGAAACUACCACAUCUGUUUAUCAGUAUCUUGGUUUUCAAGUCCAAAAAAUUUACCCUUUCCAUGAUAACUGGAACACUGCCUGCUUUGUCAUUCUGCUUUUAUUUAUAUUUACAGUGAUCUCUUUAGUAGUGCUGGCCUUCCUUUAUGAAGUGCUUGACUGCUGCUGCUGUGUAAAAAACAAAACUGUGAAAGACCUGCAAAGCGAGACUAACCCUCUUAGAAGUAUGAUGGACAACAUCAGGAAACAUGAAAUUGAAGUGGUCUAGUGAUCUACCUAAGGUGAAGAAAAUCUUUGACAACAGCCUUCAACUACUAAAAAAAAAAUUCUGAGGCCAGUUGUUAUUGCAAAAAUGACUCGACUUUGAUUAAAAGAUUUCUACUAGAAGAGUAAAACAAGUUCAAUAUGCACUUUUUGUGUGUGUAUCAUUAAAUGUACAGUGAAACUUCACAAAUGCAAAUAAUCUAUUUAAAAUGACACUUCAAAAAGUGGUUGAAAGAGUCCUAGAAUUCAAUAUUAAACAGCAAAAGGUAAACGGAAAAACAUAAGCAAGGCUAACGAUGCCAAAAUAACUUAUAUCUACACAACCCAUGUGGGCUAAAACAGAGUACUAUCCUCCAUGUGUCUUCGUAAUAAAAAGACUAUCUAAAAUCUAAAUCCAAAGUUAAAUACUUCCAUACGUAAAGUCUUCAUACAUAAAGUCCCUACUUACUAAAAAGCAGUAUUUUCUAGUUCAUUAAAAACAACUUCAACAUUUUUUUUACUUAAGUUUUAUGUAGGAUUAGUGUUAAAAAAAAAAGUCUCAAAAUAUUCAGGAAAGUCAGUAGUACACUUGCAUAAAACUUGCAUAAAAUUUAAUUACUGUUUGGCAAGAAACAUGGUCUGAGAUGGCUCAGGCUAUUUUCAAACUGAAACAUCCUAGUAUACCCACUAAGCGGCAUUUCUUGACCUAGUCCUUUCACUUUGCUUCUUAUGUUUUCACUCAAGGGCUAAGAUGCUCAAUGCAGGAAAGACUGCAAAAAAAAGUCAAAAAGUAGCACCCACUCAACCCCUGUUAAGAAAUAUAAAAGUUUUAUUUCUUAACAUUCUAAGGGCUGUACAGAUUCAUAUUUUAUAACCCUAAUACUACUACUUCACUAGCGCCCAUGAGCAAACCAAAGCAUGUUCUUAACCACUAUACAGUAACUGCUCUUAGACCAGAAAUGCCACGUGGGAAAUUACUUCAAAAGAAAAAAGCUCAAGAUACAAAGAUAUUUACAAUAGCAUUAUUCCAAAUAAUAAAAAAUUGGAAAUAACAGCCUAUAACUAAAUGUGGCACAUCAACUUAAUAGACUGUUAAGCUACUGAAAAAUUAGGACAAAACAGAAAAUACUUGAUAUGUGAAGAACAAAUCUGUCAUUUUCAAUUUAGAGAACCCUAACUGCCAGUGUGAAAUCACAUUCCCACAAGAUUUUAUAAUUUUUUCUAACAUUAGAAACAAACAUAAACAAUGGAUAUAACAAACACAACUUUCAAAGGCUCUGUGAAAAACCUAGGUAUACAAAAUAUUUUAGUAACCAGGAGCUUUCUGAGCACUGUUAAAACUACAUUUUUAUGAACAGUAAACUGGGGUCCAUGCUAUAUAGAUGGGAAGCAUACAGGACUUUACUAACUACAGUUUCUGAUAAGGUACACUAUCAACUUUUCUCUACCUGACUGUGUAAUUUAUUUAACCAUUCAACAAAAUAUAUAUCCAGGGCUUCUGUGUGUGAUUAGGUAACAAUGGCAAACAAGUAAUCAUAAAAUUACACUGGCACACAGUAACUUUGUCAGAAAUUGUGAGUGCAUAGGAAUUCAAAAGCUAAGCAUAAAUUGAAACUGGAAAGCAGAAAUAUGACAUGUAAGCUGAAACCUUAAAGAGGAAUAGGAAUUAGCCAAAGCAGAGGGAAGAAGUUAAGAAAAAAUGUUCCAGAAAGAGGAAAUAACAUGAGCAAAGGUCAAGAGGCAAAAAUAAAGCAUGUUAGAGGAGCCAUAAGUCAGUAUCACUAGGACAGAGUAUAGAACAGUGAGAUUGGGGCAUAAAAACUAAGUGGAGACUAGAUCAGACAGGGCAUAUAGGCAGGAAAAGAUAGCCUUUGUCUAAAAAGCAAUGGUCAGCUGCAAACAAAGUGACAUCAUCAGAUUAUGCUUAGAAAAAUCACUGACUGCUGUGCAGAGGACGGACAGGACAGUAGAGAAGCUAAACCAGCAUGGCAAGCAUCUAAUCAGGCAAUGCAGCAACCCAAGGCCCACUGACAAAAAUGUAGUACAUACACACAGUGGAAUAUUACUCAGCCAUAAAAAAGGAAAUCUUGCCAUUUGCAACAAUAUGAAUGGGCCUACAGGGUAUCAUGCUAAGUGAAAUAAGCCAGGCAGAGAAAGACAAAUACCAUAUUAUUUCACUUACAUGUGGAAUCUAAAAAACAAAAAAGAAAUAGACCCAUAAAUAUUGAUAACAGACUGUUGGUCAUCAUAGGGAGGCAAUGUGAGGGGAGAAGUGAGGGGUGAAAUAGGUGAAGAGGAUUAAAGCAGUACAAACUGCAAAUCAUAAAUUAGUCAUAGGAAUGGAAAUACAACAUAGAGAAUAUAACCAAUAAUAAUAUUGCAGUAUCUUGGCAUGGUAACAGGGGUAAAUACACUUACUGCAGCAAGCAUCCAAUAAUGUAUAUAAUUAUCACGUUACUAUGUUGUACAUUUGAAACCAAUAUAACAUAUCUACUUUAUUCCAAUAGAAAAAUAAUAAUAGUCAGGCAAUGAAAUGAUGGUGACCCAAACUAGGGUGGUACAGUAGUCUUUACUGUUAAUACCCAAUAUUUCCAGCUCUCCUCUCUCUCAGCACACUGAACCCCUUAUGGCUGGGUAAAGCCCUGUGGCUAGCUCUGGCCAAUGAGUCGUAAGACAAAGUGAUAUGUGUCAAAUCCAGGCCAGAGCAAUUAACUGCCAGGCAAGAUCUCCAGAGUCCUUUUUACCUCUGGCACUGAAACCAAUAUCUGAAGUAUCAGCUACUCUAUCAGCCUGGGUCCUUGAGGGACUUUAAUGAACUAAGAUCCCUGUUAACACAUGAUAAACAUGUAAUAUGAAGGAAACACAAACCUUUGUUGUUUUAAGCCACUGAGAUUUUUGUAGCAAGGAUAUUCUUAAACAAAUCAAAAAGUCUAGGUUCUAAGAGUAGGUCUGUGCUAAUGUUUAAAAGUUUUUAAAACUUUGUUUACUGUGCAUGAAUUCAAUGUAAAAUUCAUUGGAAUAAGAGAAAAUCAAACCUAACAUAUAUGUUAAUAAAAAUGAUAGGCCUACUCUGAUAAAAGGCUUAGCUCUGAUUUAACAUCAGUUAUUAAAAAAUCUCAAAGAACAUCCAAGUUCACAUCAAUACAAUUACUGCUACAUUUUGAUUUCUGCUACAAAUGGCUUCUGUUGUGAAUUAAGUUCAUUGACAUUGUUGUUUAAAAAAUAAUAGUCUACUGUAGCACCUUACUACACUGAUAGACAGUGACUGCAAUGGGAGGAUGAGGACUUGAUAAUACAGGCGAAUGUUGAAAUCACAAUGUUGUUGUGAAACCUUCGUAAGAUUGUAUAUCAAGGACACUUUAAUAAUAAUAAUAAUAGUCGAAGAGUAAACUAAACCCAAAUAAGGAAAAGGAAAGAAUAAGUGAAGUGGAAAUAAGUGAAAUUAAAAAAAAAAAAACAAGAAAAAAAGAAAAAAAUUCAAUGAAAUCAAAAGUUCAUUUUUUGAAGAGGAACAAAACUGACAAAAUCUAGACUGACCAAGAAAAAAAAAAAGAAAACACAAAUUACUAAAAUCAGAAAUUAAAGAAGGGAGGGGUAUCCUGACUGACUUACAGAAUCAAAAGGAUUGCAAGGGAAUACUUUGAAAAACUUUAACAACAUAAAUGAUGAAUGGAUAAAAUCCUAAAAAGUAACAAAACACCAAAAUUAACUCAAGAAGAAAUAAAUCUGGAUAGAUCUGUAAGAAGUUUCUACAAACAGCUUCCCAAAUGACUUAUGGCUUCACUAGCUAAUUGGAUCACACAUUUAAAGGGAAAAUUAUAUCAAACCUUCACAAGCUCUUCCAGAUAAUAGAGGGAAAGGAACACUUCAUAAAUCAUUUGAGGCCAGAAAAACCCUAAUAGGCCUCAUAAGAAAAAUAGAGACCAUGUCCCUUGUGAACAGACACAAAAAUCCUGCACAAAAUAUCAGCAAACUGAAUUCUACAACAAAUAAAAAGAAUUAUACAUCAUGACAAGUAGGAUUCAUUCCAAGAAAGCAAGGUUGGCUUAAUACAUGAAAAUCAAUUAAUGUAAUGUACCAUAUUAAUAAAUAAUAUGAUGAUUUCAAUAAAUGCAGAAAAGACAUUUGAACAUCAAAUACCCAAUUAUGAUUAAAAACUCUCAACAAACUAGAAAUAGAGGGAACCUUCUUCAAGCUGAUGAAGAGCAUUACAAAAUCCCUGUAACUAUUAAGCAUGAUAGUGAAAGACUGACUGCCUUCCCCCUAAGAUCAUGAAGAUGUCCACUGUCACUUUUAUUCAGUAUCAUACCAACCAGUCCAAACAGGCAAGAAAAGAAAUAACAUGCAUACAUAUUGGAAAGGGUAAAUAAAAACUGUUCUUACUCAUAGAUGACAUGCUCUUCUAUAUAAAAAACCCCAAGAAAUCUACACAAAAGACUAGAAAUCUUUUUUCUAAGUUCAGCAAGGUUGAAGAAUACUAGAAGUGGACAAAAUUACUGUAUUUCCAGUUUUUUUUCUAGUUCUGUUAUUAAAUCCUUCUUUUGCUAAAUCAGAGAAACAAGAGUAUUUGCAACCCAGACUGUUAAACAUAGAAUCUAUUUAAUUUAAACAUAAGAACCUAAUAAACAGGUCUUAAGGUUGCCUAAAUGUAACUGCAAAUUCCUCUCCUGUAUUUUUCUGCAUUAAAAAACCUUGCCAUCAAAAAAAAAGCAAAAACUAUUUCUCUAUACUAGCAAUGAAUAAUCCAAAAAAUAUCAAGUUAAGAAAACAAUUUCACUCAUAAUAAUACAAAAAACAAUAAAAUACUCAGGAAUAAAUUUAACAAAAUAAGAUUUAUACAUUAAAAACUAUAAAAUCUUGUUGAGAGAAAUUAAAACCCUAAAUAAAUGGAAAGAUAUCCAUGUUCAUUGAUUAGAAGACUUAUUAUUGUUAAGAUACCAAUAGUCCCCAAAUUGAUUUAUAGAUCAAUGCAAUCCCUAUCAAGAUAGAAACUGGCUUUUUUAUAGAUAUGAACUGACAAGCUAAUCCUAUAAUUUAUAUGGAAAUACAAAAAUCCAGAGAUGACCAAAACUACCCUGUAAAAGAACAAAAUUGAAGGACUUACACUCCCAAUUUCAAAACUUAACUACACUGCUACAGCAAUCAAGGAAGUGUGGUACUAACAUAUAAGGACAGACACGAGUCCAUGGAGCCAAAUGGAGAUUCCAGAAAAAAACCCAUUUAUAUUCAACAGAUAGUUGAUAAGAAUGUCAAUGGAAGUCAGUGGGAACAAAAAAGUUGUUUAAAGAAACGACACAGAAACAACUGAACAACCACAUGCAAAAAAGUGAAUUUAGAUUCUUAUUUUAGGACAUAGGACCCUUAUGUUACACACACACAAAAAUCAACUCAAACAUAUCACUGACCUAAAUGUAACAGCUAAAGCGUUAACUCUUAGAAGAAAACAUAGGACUAAGUUUUCAUAGCCUUGGCUUAAGCAAAGAUUUCUUAGAUAUAACACCAAGAAUAAAGUAGUACUGGAUCAAAAAAUUAUAUCCUGAAUAUAUAAAGAACUCUUUCAAUCAAUAGGAAGACAACCCAAUUUUCUUUUAAAUUGUUUAGAAAAUCUGAAUAGACAUUUUACCAAAGACGACACAUGAAUGGUGAGCAAAAUGACACAUGAAUGGUCAUAAGUAAAUGACACUCAACUUAGGGAACUGCAUAUUAAAACCACAAUGAUACCACUUCACAUCCAUUAGAAUAGCGAUAAUCAAAAACACAAGGAAAUGGGUGGAGGAUCUAAACAGACACUUCUCCAAAUAAGAAAUACAAACGGCCAAUCUAAUCACCCCCAUAUAUGGUUGUUAGUGUGUGGCUUCUUUUAACAUGACCCAGAAUUUCCACUCCUAGGUCUUUACCCAAGAGAAAAAAAAAACAAAA